AUGAACACACACCAAGCGCUUGCCGGCCACGGGUCUGCAGGCCUCGCAGGGGGUCACCCCCACCAGAGGCUCUUGUGCGUGACGUUCAACCAGGACCAAGGGUGCUUUGCCGUGGGCCACGAGGGUGGGUUCCACGUGUACAGCACGGACCCGGUGGACUCGCGCGUCCAGAGAAACUUCAGGGGCCAUGGAGUCGUGGGCCACGGGGCUGCCGUGGUGGGGAACAUAGCCGCCACGGGAGCAAAACCACACCAUCAAGGAGAUAAACCUCCAGCUCCACCACACGGUGGCACUGCCAAUUCCUCUGGUGGUACAACCAGCGCGUCUGGAGGAGACACCGGCGGCUCCGGAAUAGGACACGUCACGAUGCUCCACCGGACAAACUACUUGGCCCUCGUUGGCGGGGGCAAACACCCGCGCUUCUCCAACAACAAGCUCGUCAUUUGGGACGAUCUCAAGCGCAAGAGCAGCCUUCAACUCGAGUUCACGAGCGCCGUGUUGAACGUGUUGCUUCUGCGGAUCCGCAUCGUCGUGGUGCUCCGCAGUCAGGUGCUUGUGUACGGUUUCCUGGCACCUCCCAAGAAGUUUGCCAGCUACGAGACCGCUGACAAUGAGCAAGGAUUGGCCGACUUGGCAGCCACAGCCACCUCCGUCUCGAUCACCUCACACAGACCGCCGCAUGGACUGGGCUCCAUUGGAUCAUUGUCUCUGUCCAUUGAGGCAUUUUCUGAGACCUCGGCUGGUGGUGGUGGUGGUGGUGCUGCUGCUGCUGUCACGAGUGGUAGCGUCGCUAGCGCGGGGUCUACAGGGUCGUCUGCAGGGUCCACGGGCUCCUCGAGUAGCCCAUGUCAGAUCCUCGCCUUCCCAGGACGGUCCGCGGGCCAGAUCCAGCUUGUGGACGUGUCGCCUGCAGGCCAGGAACGCAACCUCAUCAGCAUCAUCAAGGCCCACAAAUCAAAGAUCCGGUGUCUCACCUUGAACCGACAGGGGACGCUCGUGGCGCUGGCGUCCGAGACGGGGACCCUCAUCCGCGUGCAUUCGACCCACAACACCGCACUCUUGUACGAGUUCCGGCGGGGGCUUGACCGUGCAGUGAUCACUUCCAUGAAGUUCUCCCACAAUGAUCUGCGAUUAGCUGUCCUUUCCGAUAAGAACACCCUCCAUGUGUACAACGUCGGUGGUUCUGGUGCCAGUACGAGCUCUGGUGGUACUUCCGGGGUUUCUUCUGGUGGUGGUGGUGGCACUGCCACUAGUGGUCUCGGUACCGUUCCUGGCGGCAGCUUGGGAGACACACUCCAUACCCCACCGGCCAACCGUCAACAUCUCUUGAGAAGACUCCCGAUCCCAGUGCCCAACUAUUUCCGGUCGACAUGGUCUUUCUGUCUGGUGAACACCAACCAAUACCACUCGGAGGAGGACGAACUUUCCGGGGUUCCCGACACGGGCGUUGUCGGCUGGUCGGGAAAUGACAGCGUGAUCAUUGUUUGGAAGAACAAGGGCAUCUGGGAGAAGUACGUGUUGGUCGAGAGACGCAACUCACAAGAUGGGAAACACACGUGGGACAUUGUACGCGACAGUUGGAAACGAUUGGAUGUAUUGCCAUAA